ACGCAAGGUCUGAAGGUGAGGUUGGGUCUCUGCUGUGGCAAAACAGGUUGGUUUUUCGUUUAUCAUCGUCUCAGAGUACUUUCAUCGAAAAAGUGUUGCGUCUUUACCUCGGACGUUUUAUUGUAAGUAGUUGAUUGAACUACUUGCACUGAUAAAAUGCGCUGAGCUUACGAGGAAACAUGACGGCUAUCAAAGCCAACUUUUUUACCGAGUAAGGACGAGAGUCGGGAGUUUGGAAACCCGCAGAAGAAGAGACUGAACAAAUCGUUGACCUAUUUCAUGGAUAUCUAAGGCAAAACUGCCUCCAAAGUGCCACAAAUUAAAGUUAAACUUUGAUUCGAAAAAACAAAAACAAGAUGAUGAAUCAACACAGAGUGAACGUCCUUGGCCCUACACAGUUUCGCAAUGCACCAACUGUGGUUGAUGGGAUCCCACAGCCAAUGGGAAUCUCUGGUGUGUCAGCUAUGGGUCCUCCACCAGUGCCACCCAGGAGACCAGUUUCUUCAUAUUCAUCUUACGGACCUUUAGGUUCAUCCAUGGGUGGUUAUGGAUAUGGUUCUGGCUGGAAUAGCAUGGGAAUGAGUAGAUAUGGUGGCUAUGGUAUGGGUUAUGGUUCUUCAAUGUACGGUCCUAGUUAUUCAAUGUAUGGACAAAAUCAAUGGGGAGGAGGUCCGAGCGGAGAUGUAGAAAAUAGAUUUGUGCAAUAUGCAGAAGAAAGUACAAGGCCAGCUUUUCAAUCCAUAGAAGCAAUGGUUCAUACAUUUUCUUCUGUGACAAUGAUGCUAGAGUCAACAUUUUUUGCCAUGACAAGUUCAUUUAGAGCCAUACUUGGGGUGGCAGAUAAUAUGGGGAAAUUAAGAUCAAUGCUGAAGCAAUUGCUAAGUAGUUUUGCCUUAGUACGUUUUAUGAAGUGGUUGUAUUUAAGAGUGAAGUAUACACUGGGCAUAAGAAGCCAGGAUGCAAGUAGUGAGAUGCUAUGGAGAGAGACAAUAUCAGAAGUGAUGAAUGGAAGUUCAGAACAAAGUGGAACAACUUCAUGGCCAAUCUUUUUAUUCUUAAGCAUCCUUUUUGCAACUCCUUAUUUGAUACAUCGAUUGAUUAGUAAUGCCAAAAAUAUAAACGUUGAUGUCAAUAAUCCAAAAGACUGGUUACAAAACAAAGAGCCAGUCUAUACUGCAACUGCACUUUAUGAUUUUACACCAGCUUCAUCUGAAGAAUUAGCUUUAAAAACUGGCCAAAAAGUAUGGCUAGCUCCACAAUCGCUACAGCCAAAAAAUUUGCAAGGAUGGUGGAGAGCUACAGAUAGUAUAAAUGUAGGAUUAAUCCCUUCAACGUAUGUCACAGUGGUAGGUCAACUGAAAAAGAAGUCCGAGUCAAGUCAAUCACAAACGUCGAAUGUAUAUCAACCUUCUGCAAGCAAUGCUACUUCUUCUGUCAUACCAGAAAGCACAGAAUCUCAAGAUCUGAGUGACUUUGAAAAAGAUAAAGGUGAAAGUUUGAUAAAAUCGAAUAUAGAUAUUUUUGAAGUAAAGAACAAAGCUAAUUAAAUCAAAAUUAUUUUUUGUUCUUAAAUUUAAUAAACACCAAAUCUUUGUUAUUGAUGUUUUAGCAAUUUUAAGAAUAUGAAAGUAAGUUUUGUACAUAUUCUAAGUCAAGAUUUCAUAGGUUCUCUAUAUGUAAAGAAGCAGAAAAUUGUUUUAUAGGUGAAAAGGAUGGUACGAUCAUGUGGGUAAAUUCGUUUUAUUGAUGGCAUACUCUGUAUCCAAGUAAGGUAAUGGCAUUAGGAGAAUAGUUUUUCGAUUUCCUUUUUGGUGUUUAUAUUUACCACUUGCAUUUUGUACACAUGUACUGAUUUAUUAUUAUUGACUUGGCAGUCAAAUUAUUUAUACUCUUCGGUACACUAUAUUGAUUUUUCUUGGUUAUUAUAUAACAUGAAAAUAAAUGUCUGAAAACUGUUGAUAGAAA